AAGAGGACAGACCUUGCUUACUUUUGCUCUAGUGUGGCUAAUUCUUCUCUCCCCCCCCCCUCACACACCACCACCACCACCACUACCACUUCACCCCCCUCCUGCACCACCACCACCACCACCACCACCACCACAGCACCUCACCACAGCGUUAUGUCCACAGUUACCAUGGAGAGUUCAACAGCACUUUCUCAGAGUAUGGAUUCCGUCAAUACAUCUGCUGCAGAGGAGGAGUUUUGCUCUCUUUCACAGGUGCGCACGCUGUUUGUGAGUGGGUUGCCUAUGGACGCGAAGCCACGAGAACUUUACCUGCUGUUCAGAGCCUAUGAGGGAUACGAGGGGUCACUUCUCAAGGUGACGAGUAAGAACGGAAAGACUGCCUCGCCCGUGGGAUUUGUCACCUUCAGCACAAGAGCAGGAGCCGAGGCAGCAAAACAGGACCUUCAGCAAGGAGUAAGAUUUGACCCAGAUAUGCCACAAACAAUAAGGCUGGAGUUUGCAAAGAGUAACACUAAAGUCAGCAAACCAAAGCAACAGUCUCCCCCCGCUGCAGCGCCACACCCGACUCUCGUACACCCCUUCACUGGACUAGAGCUCAAUACCGCCUUCUUCCCCGGUGGGCCUGACGUGUGGCCGCCCCACCCACUCGCCUACACCGCGGAGCUGCCCGGAUCAGCCGCCGCCGCCGCCGCCAGUCUGCAGCACCACCAUCCCGCCCUCUUCCCUGCCCUUCACGCUCAGGUCCCAAUGGUGCUCGAGGGAGGGGGGCACUGGCCCCCCCUGGCUCUCCCACACGCCCCCAUGGUCUCCCACGCCCCAGGGGUAGUGAUGCCCUCCCCCGCCCUGGCCUCCCCCGCUGGUCCCCACUCAGCCCACCCCGCCCCCCCACAGCAGCACCCCCACAACCCCCCCUGCUCCACCCUCUUCAUCGCCAACUUGGGGCCCAAUGUGGCUGAACACGAUCUGAAGGACAUUUUCUCAAGGCCACCCCACACCCCCAUGACAGCACCCCACCCACCCCCAACACCCCCGACCCCCCUCACCUGCUGGGUGACCUGUGAACUACCAAAGCAGCAACCAAAGCUAGUGAGAAGGGAAGUGUGGUGA